UCUCACCCCAUGACCCUGCCUCACUCGGACAACUUCCGUCCCUUCACCCCUGAGUCUCUGGCAGCCAUCGAGAAGCGGCUGGAAGUGGAGAGGGCCAAAGGGAAGCAGGCCGCACAAGACCAGCUGCGGCCCCAGCUGGACCUGAAAGCCUGCCGGAAGCUUCCCCAGUUCUAUGGCGACAUCCCUCCUGAGCUGGUGGGGAGACCCUUGGAGGACCUGGACCCAUUCUACAGUUACCACAAGACAUUCAUGGUGGUGAACAGGAAGAGGACCAUCUACCGCUUCAGUGCCAAGCCAGCCUUGUUCGUGCUCAGUCCUUUCAAUUCACUCCGGAGAGUAGCGGUGGCCAUUUCCGUCCACGCGCUGUUCAGUAUGUUCAUUAUUUGCACAGUUACCGUCAACUGCGCCUUCAUGGCCUCUGCCACGGGGCUAAACAAGACUGCUGAGCUCACGCUUGUGUUGGAUUUCUUCCCCUGCAGCCUGGUCUUCAAUAGCAUAUACCUUUCUGAAGCUUUGAUUAAAAUCCUGGCCCGUGGGUUUUUGCUGGAUGAAUUCAGCUUCCUCCGUGAUCCGUGGAACGUGCUGGAUUUCUUCGUCAUCACUGUAGCAAUUCUGUCCUACAGUUUUAAGGAAGUGGAUGGAAUCUCCACUCUGCGGAUGUUCCGUGUGCUCCGAGCAUUGAAAGCCAUUUCUGUCAUUUCUGGGCUGAAGGUGAUCGUAGGGGCUCUGCUCCGCUCAGUAAAGAAGCUGAUGGACGUGAUGAUCCUGAUGAUCUUCUGCCUCAGCAUCUUCGCCCUCAUUGCCCUCCAGCUGUUCAAGGGGAACCUGCGACACAAAUGUGUCCUGAAAAGCCCCGACUGCUGUAGCCAUAACAGCACAGAGUUCAAGGAAAGCUGCCUCCAGAGCAAAGCUGCCAUCAAUGAAUCCUGCUACUUCAGGAAAAAUGGGACAACUGAGUUCUUACUGUGCAAAAAAGGACCCGGGUCAUGUCCGGUUGGAUACAUGUGCGUGAAAUCUGGGGAGAACCCAAACUGGAACUUCACGAGUUACGAUAACAUUGGCUGGUCCAUGCUCUCCAUGUUCCGACUGAUGACCCAAGACUCCUGGGAGCUACUGUACCAGCAGACUCUACGAGCAUCUGGGACAGGUUACAUGCUGUUCUUCGUCCUCGUCAUCUUCCUGGGCUCCUUCUACCUGAUCAACCUGACUCUGGCAGUGGUCACUAUGGCAUAUGAGGAGCAGAAUAAAAACGUGGCUGCUGAAACUCAGGCAAAGGAGAAGAUGUUCCUGGAAGCGCUUGCGCUCAUACGGAAGGAGGAGGAGGCGCUGGUGGCUAUGGGAAUCGACAGGUCAUCCCUGAGCUCCCUGGACUCAUCAACCCGUGCCAAGGAGAAAAGGGAAAAGUUCCAAAGCUCCAACAGCAAGUCUUUCUGGAAACGAAGCCGCAUGGAUGAGGCGGUCCCCAGGCCAGAACCUGAUGAGGGAGUGGGAGCUGCCAAGCAAGUGCUGGAGCAGACCAAGCGACUGUCCCAGAACCUGUCUGUGGACUACCUGGAUGAGCAGGGCAAGAGCGUUCAUAGACAGAGGGCCCUGAGCGCCGUCAGCAUCGUCACCAUCACCAUGCAGGAAUAUGAGGAAUCCCAAAAGAAAUGCCUCCCAUGCCGCGAGGAUCUCGCUUCCAAGUACUGCAUCUGGGAGUGCUGCGACCUGUGGGUACGCAUGAAAGAGGCCGUGGAGAUGGUGGUCAUGGACCCGUUUGCCGACCUGGUCAUCACCCUGUGCAUCGUGCUCAACACUCUCUUCAUGGCCCUGGAGCACUAUGACAUGUCCCCAUCCCUACAGGCCACCCUCAACACGGGCAACAACGUCUUCACGGCCAUUUUUACCAUCGAGAUGUGCCUCAAGAUCAUCGCCCUGGACCCUUACUACUACUUCCGCCGUCCUUGGAACAUCUUUGACAGCUUUGUAGUCAUGCUGAGCUUCAUAGAACUCGGCUUGGGAUACAUCAUCAAAAACAACCUGUUGCUGCUUCGCUCCCUGAGGCUGCUGAGGGUCUUCAAACUGGCCAAGUCGUGGCCGACCCUCAACACCCUGAUCAAGAUCAUCGGGAACUCAGUGGGGGCCCUAGGGAACCUGACCCUGGUGUUGGCCAUCAUCGUCUUCAUCUUUGCUGUGUUCGGCAUGCAGCUGUUCGGAAAGUCCUUCAACUGCUCCAGAACCAAUGAAACCAACUGUUCUGCUGUCGCCCAGAACAACAGGGAGAACUUCCGGCGCUGGCACAUGGGCGACUUCUUCCACUCCUUCCUCAUUGUUUUCCGCAUUCUCUGCGGCGAGUGGAUCGAGAAUAUGUGGGAAUGUAUGCUUUAUUGUGAAAAUAAGAAGCUGUGCAUUGUGGUCUUCCUGAUGAUCAUGGUCAUAGGGAACCUGGUGGUCCUGAACCUGUUCAUCGCAUUACUGCUCAGCUCAUUCAGCACGGAGAGCCUGGAAGGCGGUGUGGCCGAGGAGAAGGCCACCAAGCUCCAGAUUGCCUUUGAUCGCAUCCAGAGGGGCUGUCUCUGGGUCACUCAAGCUCUUUGGCAUGCCUGCUGCAGCCGGCGUGGAAGAGUGGAGGCCCCAGCCUCAAAAGAGGCACUGGGCAAGGUGGUGGCUGAGAGGCGAGUCCCUCCUCCUCUCUCUGUGCCGUGUGGGCUGGAGGUCCUGGAAGAAGAGGAGAAUUCCAAGGAAUCUCCUGAGGCACAGAGCUUUCACCAGGCCUCGAGAGACUACCAGGGCAGUGCCCAACAGGGUCCAGGUUCUAAGGCACUGGGGGUUCUUAUGGUCCCCCUUGCUGAGGAAGAAGAAGACUUGGAGUCUCCUGAGGAGUUUGAGCUGAAGGCCAUGCCAGGAGCUCAGCCCAGCAAGCAGGAUCCCCAUCCAGAGCAGCUGCAGACGUGCAGGAGCCUGGGAGCUUCAAGUGAGGCGGGCAGAGGCAUUCCAGAUGAGGUCACCCAGGAAGCAGUCCAGCAGCUGCAAGAGCCUCCCAGCCACUGGCUGUGGCAGGCCUGGAUGUAUGCCAUUGGCGGGAAAGGGAUCCUGGCCCUUCCAUGGCCAGAAGCUUGGUCAGUCCUGUGGUCACCCAGAGGUGAAACCCUGGAGAGGAGGGUGAUUGAGGAGCCCUUGGGGGACCGGCUGGGGAAAACAGAUGAGUCUCUGGAUGUCUUUACUGAGCAGAAAUUUGAAGUCACCAGCUACUGGUCGGACUGCAGCACUGUGGAUCUGUCAAACAUCACCUACCCCACUUCCCAGCUCCAGAAGCAGCCCGAGAGGUGUUUGCCGAAAGGCAUCACCAGGCACUUUCCAUGCUGUGCCCUCAACAUCAGAAAGUUUCCUGGCCAGGUUUGGUGGAAUCUGCGGAAAACCUGCUACCGCAUCGUCCACCACAGCUGGUUUGAAAGUUUUAUCCUGUUCGUGAUUCUGCUGAGCAGCGGUACCCUGGUAUUUGAAGAUUACUACCUGUGUCAGAACGAAAACAUCCAGAAAUUGCUCACCUUCACCGACCAAGUCUUCACCUACAUAUUCGUUUUGGAGAUGCUGCUGAAAUGGGUGGUUUAUGGAUUUAAGAAAUAUUUCACCAGCAUGUGGUGUUGGCUGGACUUCCUCAUUGUAAACGUGUCUGUGGCAAACCUGGUCAUGGAAAAUAAUGGGGGAAAUGCAUAUAAAUCCUUGAGGACGCUGAAAGCAUUGAGGCCUUUAAGGGCACUGUCCCGGUUUGAAGGGAUGAAGGUGGUGGUGAACGCCCUGUUGGGGGCCAUCCCGGCCAUCAUGAAUGUGCUGCUCGUCUGUCUCAUCUUCUGGCUCAUCUUCUGCAUUUUGGGAGUGAACUUGUUUGCCGGCAAGUUCGGACGCUGCAUGAACGGGACGGAAACUCUGUCCAACUUGGCCCUCCUAGAUAUUCCCAACAAGACCAAGUGUGAGGAGCUGGGCCGAUCCACUCACCCUGGGUACAUCUGGGUGACGGCCAAAGUCAACUUCAACAGCGUCCCACAAGGGUACCUGGCGCUGUUUCAGGUGGCUACAUUCAAAGGGUGGAUGGAUAUCAUGUAUGCAGCGGUAGACGCCAGAGAGAAAGAUGAACAACCAGGCUUUGAGGAGAACCAGUACAUGUACCUGUACUUUGUCUUUUUCAUCAUCUUCGGCUCUUUCUUCACUCUGAACCUCUUCAUCGGCGUCAUCAUCGAUAACUUCAACAAGCAGCAGAGAAAGCUAGGGGGCCAGGACAUCUUCAUGACGGAGGAGCAGAAGAAGUACUACAACGCCAUGAAGAAGCUUGGCUCAAAGAGGCCACAGAAACCCAUCCCCCGGCCACUGAACAAACGGCAGGCACUGGUAUUUGAUGUAGUCACAAGCCGCACUUUUGACAUCUUCAUCAUCCUCCUCAUCCUCCUCAAUAUGGUCGCCAUGAUGGUGGAGGCAGACGACCAGAACAAGACAGUCCAGAAGUACCUGGAUGGGAUCAACUUGCUCUUUGUGGCCCUAUUCACGGCCGAAUGCAUUGUGAAAGUCUUUGCUCUCAGACACUACUAUUUCACCAAUGGCUGGAACCUCUUUGACUGCGUGGUGGUGGUUCUCUCGGUGAUCAGUUCUGUGGUCUCCCAGUUGGAGGAUGCCGAACAUAUCCCUUUCCCCCCAACACUUUUUCGCAUCAUCCGCUUGGCUCGCAUCGGUCGCAUCCUGAGGCUGGUCCGCGCGGCCAAGGGCAUCCGUACCCUCCUCUUCGCCCUGAUGAUGUCACUGCCGGCCCUGUUCAACAUCGGCCUGCUGCUCUUCCUGGUAAUGUUCAUCUACUCCAUCUUCGGCAUGGCCAACUUCGCCCACGUCAAGUUCGAUAAGGGCUUCGACGACAUAUUCAAUUUCCGGACAUUCGCUAGCAGCAUGCUCUGCCUCUUCCAGAUCACCACAUCAGCUGGCUGGGACAAACUUCUGAACCCCAUCCUCAAUAAAGAACACCCGUUCUGUGACCUGAACAUCACCAACACCGGGUGCAACAAGAGUAACUGCGGCAACCCCACCAUUGGGAUCAUAUAUUUCGUCAGCUACAUCAUCAUCUCCUUCCUCAUCGUCGUGAACAUGUACAUUGCCGUCAUCCUGGAGAACUUCAGCGUGGCCACAGAGGAAAGCACCGAGCCUUUGAGUGAGGAUGACUUCGACAUGUUCUACGAGGUCUGGGAGAAGUUCGACCCUGAGGCCUCGCAGUUCAUCCACCAGUCGGCCUUGUCAGACUUCGCUGACGCCCUGGCUGAGCCCUUACGCGUCCCCAAGCCCAAUCAAAACCAGCUGCUUACCAUGGACCUGCCGAUGGUGAGCGGGGACCGACUCCACUGCAUGGACAUCUUGUUCGCCUUCACCACCAGGGUGCUGGGGGAAUCGGGCGAGAUGGACACCCUCAGGGUGCAGAUGGAGGAGAAGUUCAUGGCGGCCAACCCAACUAAGGAGCUGUACGAGCCCAUUGUGACCACCACCCGGCGCCAGGAGGAGGAGCGCUGUGCAGCCAUCAUUCAGAAGGCCUACCGGAACCACCUGCUCAAAUGUGCCUGUGCCCACCUGCCUGGGUCUAGUGGCCAUCUUACCAUAGAUGGUCCUCGCUCUAUGGAUGGUCCCAGGGGUGAGGAGUUGGCCGGUGGCCACGUGGACCAAUUAAAACACCUUCCCAGCCCCGUGGUGGCACUUCCUGGGUCAGCUUCUUAAAGGCUAUGGCUGCCGGUCAGUCUGGGCCCACCGGAGCAGAGUGCCACCCACCGGGGGA